CUUCCUGAUGUCUCUCUGUGUGUUGUGUCCUCAGCUAUGAGCUGAUGAGACGGUGUUGGGAGGAGGACCCUCAGGACAGACCGUCUUUUUCCUCUCUGAUCGUCUCUGUGGGAAACAUGUUAACCGACGAAUACAAGAAGCAUUAUGUCCAGCUGACGGAGGACUUCCUGAGAGGUGAACAUCCGGCUGUUGUUGGAUCCAGACUGACUCCAUCCAGAGAUCAGACUGACAGACAGACGUACACAAACGAAAGCCCUGCACCUCGCAUGUUGGAGGCGGGGCCAGAGGAGGCAGGCCCCUCCCACGGCACUUACAUCAUCCCUGUCAGUGACAUCACCAUAGAAACGAGCGGCGAGGCAGCGCUGGACGCAGUCAGGUACAGAUGGUGAUGAUGAUGAUGGUAA